GACGUCAUCAGUGAUUGGUGGGUGGGAACGGUAAUUUGUAGAGUGAUCGCGGGCGUUGAGGAUGUGUUAGUGGCGGUGAUAACAACUCCCAGGGGACGAUGGCACGGCGUAGUUGGCUCCGCUAGUGACACUAUCCCCCCCGUGCACCUCGCGGACACUCGCUACACACACCUUCCGACCUCAAUCAUGUAUUCCGCGCGCAAGUGUUGCUAAUUACAAGGUCCGUACCCGACUCCGGAAUAAUUCGGAAGUGCGCGUCCGUACCGACAAUCGGCGUCGAGCGAGCCUUGGACCCCGACCGGCCCCAUGGCCAACCCACGCGGCGGCGACUUGUAAAACUUCCCCUUAAAAUAAAACUCGUGGUUUAACCUCGAGUUGUUUUAACGAGAGGGUAAUUACAGCACAACAGUGUCAUUAGCGGGCAAUUACCCGAGCAGUGCGGUUAACGAGGGCGCCAUGUGCGACACCUCAGAGACUAUGGACACCCGCUCCGAGCCCUCACAGGGCACCGACGCCGACGGAGACGACGACAUCUCCGUCGGCAGCCACUCUCCGCCGCCUCGGAACGACACAGACGACUCCAUGAUCGACGUAGACGACACCGUCGACGACGACAGCAGAGAGAAGGUGACAGCCAGCCCCAAAGUCGAGCCCCCGGACCCUGCCAUGAGCCCGGGGCCCCCACGCACCCCUCCAGUGGCUCAUCAGGCUAACAACGCUGUAAUUCACCGCUCUCUCAAGUUCUCAAUCGACAAUAUCCUCAAGCCGGAUUUCGGCCGCCGGCUGGGCGACGCCGUAGAGACUAGCGAUCAACCCGUCGAUCUGUCGCGAGUUACCAACAGAGGGGACCCGAAGAAGGUCUUCGGAGACCCCGCCAGGAGCCUCGGAGAGGUCGGCCAGGCCCCUAACAGCGUGCUACUGAAGGAUCGAGAGGGCGGAGGCGGCACACUAUGGCCCGCUUGGGUUUACUGCACCCGUUACUCCGACCGGCCCUCUGCAGAUAAUAUAAAAAAUAUAGUGACAAUUAAAAGAUAUAAUAAUAAUCAGAAGAGAGUAACAGAAACAGAUAUUGACAGACAGAGACGAAGACUGAUUGCCAUUGACAAGCAGAUCAACAGAGAUAAUGACAGACAGAGGCAAAGAAACUGA